UGUGCGAGCGUGUGUGGCUGGGGGAAGCCAUUGCCUGUUUAAUAGUUGCUGUUGCUGCACUUCCGCUUCUCUCCCAGCGAGAGAGAGACACGAGUGGCCAGGCCCAGCCGCAGCCGCAGCAGCAGCCGCCGCGGCGGCACGGAGCAGCCAGACACAAAGAGAGGUACGGGGAUCCCCCCCGCCGCCAGCCGCCCCCCGGCCGCGCCGCCGGGCCUUGGGGACACUCCUCGCCGCCGGGGGCUGUUUGCGGGGUGGGGUGGGGGGUUCGCUAUGUCGGAUGACGAUUCGAGGGCCAGCACCAGCUCCUCCUCAUCAUCGUCCUCCAACCAGCAAACCGAGAAAGAAACAAACACCCCCAAGAAGAAGGAGAGUAAAGUCAGCAUGAGCAAAAACUCCAAACUCCUCUCCACCAGCGCCAAGAGGAUUCAGAAGGAGCUGGCGGACAUCACUUUAGACCCUCCACCCAACUGCAGCGCUGGUCCCAAAGGCGAUAACAUCUAUGAAUGGAGAUCAACCAUCCUAGGGCCUCCAGGGUCCGUGUAUGAGGGUGGUGUAUUCUUCCUUGAUAUCACUUUCACACCAGAAUAUCCCUUCAAGCCUCCAAAGGUUACAUUUCGGACAAGAAUCUAUCACUGUAAUAUUAACAGUCAAGGAGUUAUUUGCUUGGACAUAUUGAAAGAUAACUGGAGUCCAGCACUAACCAUUUCUAAAGUCCUUCUUUCUAUCUGCUCACUUCUUACAGACUGUAAUCCUGCCGACCCCUUGGUGGGAAGUAUUGCCACUCAGUAUAUGACCAACAGAGCAGAACAUGACAGAAUGGCCAGACAGUGGACCAAGAGAUACGCUACAUAAACUGGGUUGUCACAAUUCUCUACAUUCUUUGUCUGUCACAGAGAGAGCUGCUUAUGAUUUUGAAGGGGUGGGGGAGGGUGGGCGUUGGUGAAGAGUAGGGUAUUUCUAUAACAGAUAUUAUUCAGUCUUAUUUCCUAAGAUUUUGUUGUAACUUAAGGUAUCUUGCUACAGUAGACAGAAUUGGUAAUAGCAACUUUUAAAACCGUCAUUAGUUCUGCAGUAUGAGCUGAAAUGCAGUACAGAGAAGAAUAGACGUUUGGGUUCAGUUGCUUGUAGUCUGUAAAUCUGAAACAGCUUAAUUUGUACAGGUUACACACCUGGCCAUUUAUGUAAAGUCCUUCCAAGACUACAGUCUUUUGUUUUAAAAAAUUGGAAUUUGUUUUCCCUUCUUGGAGGGGAACAGUGAUAUUUAACAGCUUUUAGAGACUGUCAUCUCAUAUAUACAAUGGAACAUGGCUAUAAGACACCAUAUAGGAAAUAUGAGUAGUUAUGUACUUUAUUUUAUAUGCCAGUCUACUUUCUUGUGAAAAGACAGAGGUUGAAUCAGGACUUGUGAAAACCUGUAGUAAAAUACCUUAAGCUGUUAACUGUAAGGCGUGGAAUAGGAGUUGCUCAGUGGAUUGGUUCUAUGUUGUGGACUGCCUAAGUCUGCAUUUGUUACUGUGCUAAUAAACAAUAUUAAA